AAAGCAGCUCGUCUCUUCUUCCUCAGCAGCUAAAAGAAAGGAACUUCGGCUGCUACUCGUAUCAGCUUUUUCUUUAGCUCAAGAAUAAUACCGUUAAAAUUGUCUCUAUUUGGACUCGAACUUCAGGAGUACCAAGGUGGGAUAAGUUCUAAAAACAUGUGGAAUGGCCCAGGACCCGGUCCAAGAGGGGGACCCCCGUUUAGAGGUGAUCACCGUGGAGAAAUGUUUGGAGGCAGAGAGAGUUUUCAGCCAGACUUCAGAGCUAGAGAUGGGAUGAACUUUGGUCCAAUGGGUCACAUGGGUCCGAGACCUCUCCCACCCAUGGAUAUGAGGAGGAUGGGUGGGCCGCCUAUGAGGGGGCGGGAUGAAAUGCAUGAAAGGGAAGCAAACAGAGAUAACUUCAGGUCCAGGAAGGAGCCGGACAUGAGUUUUGGGCGACACUUUGACAUGCCAAUGAGAGACAAACCGAUAAAUCCACCAGGAUUCCCAGGACCAGGCAGGGAUUUAGACAACAUGGGAGGGAGAGGGAUGCCUUCACGGGAACCAAACCACAGGUUUAUGGACGUGAGAGGCAGAGACCCGCUUCACUCUGACAUGCCAAGGUUUGGGAAUGCAGAUGGAACAAGAGGGUUUCCGAUGGAAAGAAAUGAGACUUUUAGGGAGAUGUAUGACAGACCCCCUAUGGGCCCUUGGAAUGGCGAUCCUUUCAGUAUGGACUUACCUCCACAUGAAAGGCGAACGAUGGACACUGACAGACGAGGGCCACCAUUUAAUCCAAGAGGGAGAUUUGAUUCUGAUAUGGAUUUCAGAAAUCGACCAGGUCCACCUGUCAACUUUAGAGGCAGAGAUCGCUCUCCGUUAAGAUUCGGAAAGAACGAUGUUCCGCUCGUGGUUGGGGAAAAGCCAGAAAUACCUUCAGAUGUUGUUGGUCCUAAGAGAUCGGAGUUCAUGGCUGAUGAGGAUGAUGUGAGCAGAAGAGGGAAUCUGGAUUCAAGUGGCAUUUCUUUUAUGGAUUAUCGGAGUGGUGAGGAAUUGACUCUUGCUGAAGAAUGGAAGAACCGUCAAAAAGACAGGAACCCAUUUGUGGAUAAAGACGUUGGGAAUGUCCCUGAGCCCAUGUUCCCACCAGAUUUCAGCAGAAAUUUGGCCUUAAGAGAUCCACCCCCUUUUAGUGAAAAGCCAGCUUUAGGCUUCCCGGGCAAAGAUGCUAGUUUUCCACGCAGGGAUCACUUUCCUCCAAUAGAUAUGCCACCUGUUGGCAAUAAAGGUUCACAAGGCUGUCCUCUUCCAGAAAUGAGCUCUUUAAGUGGUCAUCUGAAAAGAGAAAAUAAGCCGUGGCUUGAAGAAAAGGACCCCAAAUAUGCUCAGAAUAAAGUGGGCGGUGCAGAAAUGCCUCCUUAUCAAAAGAAGAAUCUGCCCUCUCUUGAAGUUCAGGAUCCAAGUGGUUGCUUUAAAGGAAGGAAAGAUGUGCCCCACAGCCAAGGUCCUUCCACAGUUACACUAAAAGAGGAGCUCCAAAGCAGCACUGCACAGGCAAGAGACCAGGACUACAGGGACAUAGAUUACAGGACAGAAUCUGGAAGAAUAUUUGAAUACAAACACAAAGAUCUUCAAGCACCGGAGAGUCUCAUCAAAGAUUCCAAACCAGUUCCGCCAUCAGAGUUUACCGAUUCUGCUUCCCAGGAUCAAGAUUACAGGAAUGCCUCAAUGAAGGAGAAAGUUUCAAAUAUUAUAUCCGUAAUGGGAAUUCCAAAGUCUGCAACAAUGGAACAGAUUCUUGGUGCUUUUGCGGUCCGUGACGGUGUGCCAAUGCAGGGAAUGAAAAUCAAAACAGUCAUCCCAGGUUACAGCUACGAUAUGGCCUAUGUGGAGUUUUUAAACCUCGAGGAUGCAGUCCACUUCAUGGAGUCCAACAAGGCUUCUCUAAAAGUUGGCAAUAGAACAGUUUCCAUGAAGUAUACCCAACCAGAAGAAUGUGAAAGAAGUCUUCAGGAAUCUAAUCGUGCAGUACCUCAAACUCUGGACCCCCAGUUGUCCAAAUUAAAUGAGUCUUCAGAGGAGAUGGAUGACAACUUCAAUGGCUCCGCCCCAAAAGAUGAAAUGGAGCAGUCGUCACAGGACCAGUGGCAGCGGAGCUCUGACUUGACUCCGGAGGCCUGGCAGCAGCAGGUGGACCAGCAGCUGCUGGAGGAAACUGCAGACGGCAGCCUUCCUCAAAGCAGCUCAGACCAGGCACCGUCGGUAUUCAGAGAUAGUAAAACCAUGAUAAUAAAGAACGUGAAGUUCACCACCACAGUGGAGACCAUCCUCAAGGCUUUGGAUCCGUUUGCAUAUCUGGAUGAGAGAAAUGUUCGUCUGGUGAAAAACGUUCGUCUAAUGAAAUGCUUCUGCUUUGUGGACAUGGACUCCCAUGAGCAAGUGACGCGUCUGGUAGAGCUGCUCACAAAACCCAAACCCCUUUAUAUAGACGGAGUCCGAGUUUAUGCUGAGGUAGCAAAACCCUUGAAAAACCAGAGUUUUAGAAGAGGGUUAGACAAACCAAACACUUCCAUCCUUGGGUUCCCGCCUGACAACAGCAUCUCGCAGCAGCAGCCGUACUUACAACCUCCACCCUUCCUGCCACCUCUGCAGCCUCCUGUGGAUCCAACUUCUAGAAUAGACGGCGAUGUGAUGAGUGGCAGCAAUAGUUCUGAUCCGGCAUCAAGUUCCAGCAUGAGUCAGGGAAUUGGCUACACUGAAGCUGCAGCUGUAGCUCCAUUUUACCAGGCCGGUGCUGCUCCUGUCCCUGAAGACCCAGCUGGGGUGGCCUCCACCCCAGAUGCAUCGCAGCUGUAUAUUUACGGCUCAGAGACCCCCGACAUGUCCAGCUACUUAUACGAUUCCACUUCAGGCUUCUACUACGAUCCAGAAACUACACUGUACUACGAUCCACACUCAAGGUAUUUCUACAACGCCCAGACUCAGGAGUACCUGUACUGGGAUGCGGCAUCAAAGACCUACAUCCCAGUUCCUGGAGGUUACUCUGCAGAGACCCAGCCUGUGAUGAUGACUGCUGAAGAUCAGGCCAUUCUUUCCAACCCAGCAGCAGAUGCUCCUCUGGAGAUGAAGAAACCCUCUGGGUCUCCGGAAGCGUUGUUGGCUCCAGUUGUAGCUGCCAGCUCCCCUCCUGAGAUCAGCACAACAGCCACAGCGACUCCAGACAAGAAGGAAGAAGAUGAAGCUGCUAAAAAGGAUAAAGAGAGAGACAACAAAGAGGAAAAGCCAAAAAGCCUGGCAGCUGUCAAGAUCAUGAAAGAUAUGGAGCGCUGGGCGAAGAUCCAGAACCAAAAGAAGGAAAGCUGUCGUGCUCCAUCUCCAGUCCUGAAGUCUGGGAUGGAGGAUGAUAAGAGACAGUCCAAGUCUGCAGAUGUGGCUUUUGCCGUGUUUGAGAGGAAGAUCUCAGGUAGUGAGGAUCCUUUCAAGAAGCCUGUAGCUCCUGCCAAGAAAGACGAAAAGUCAAAGCGGCCAAUCGGCUCCUUGGGUUUGCUGGCAUCAGAUUAUGCAGCUGGAAGUGAUGAAGAGGUGGAGGAAGAUAAUGAAGAAGCAGCAAAAGUCAGUCAGCCCUGCCGGCCUGAAGAGAAGGAUGACAAGCUGACGGACUGGAAGAAGAUGGCUUGUCUGCUGUGCAGGAGACAGUUCCCCAACAAGGAUGCUCUGAUUCGCCAUCAGCAGCUUUCUGACCUACAUAAACAAAAUAUGGAGAUCCACCUCAAGAUUAAGAGGUCAAAGAAGGAGCUUGAAGCUUUGGAGAACCAGGAAAAGGAACUCAAUGCCAGAGAAGUCUCUAGAUCACCAGAACCAAAAAGAAAGAAGCACCACCAUCAGCAGGUGCAGCAUCAGAACACGUGGGCGAGAAGUUCUAGAGACAUGAACAAAGUCAGUGAACGGCCUGGAUUGGGGGCAGAACCUGUUCAACAGAGGAAGAAGAAGGAGCCGGUUGUUUGGGACCAUGCCACCUACAAACAAGCAGUGCGCAAAGCCAUGUUUGCACGGUUCAAGGAGCUCGACUGAUACCAUCUGAACUCAUCUUUGUUUUUGUUUUCUGAAUUGUGAAAUAUUGGUGACAUGUUUGCCCGCGCUGACACAAGGAAUCCCUUUUUGUUUGCCUUGGACCUUCUGACAUUAGAGACUCCGUUUGUACAGUUCACAUAAAAUGACAAAUUAUGUGAGUUAAAGCUGUCUUAAAACUGGUUAAAAAAAAUGAAAUUAUACCACAAACUUUGUACAAAAAAGUGAAAAUAAUUAUGUUGAAUUUUUUAUUUUUUUUUUUGUCAGUAAUUUCAUGUGGCCCGUGUAUUUAACUGUGAAAUGUCUGUUUGUUUUCCUCUCCAAGCAGUACAAUCACGUUUGGCCUCAUUUUGUUUGUAACUGAAACAUUUUAGGUAUUCAUUUUCAUGGAUCAACUGUUCAUUUUAGUAAAAAAGGGGGGAAAAAUUAACCUUUGUUGUUGUUUUUUAAUGUGCAAUAAAUAAAUCUACUAGAUGGCCACUAGAAGGCGCUAGAAAACCACAUUAUUUUACAUUUGGUAUCCACAAAGAGAUCCCAUCAACUAAACGUUCAUUGUUAAUGUUUGUAUUAAUGACGUAAAUGAGAGGAAAACAUUUUUAAAGAGAUGUUAGGUUUUCAAUAACCUUCUCCUGGUGGGGUUCUGCUCCUUUGAUGCUUUGCUUUUAUAAAUAUAGCCUAAGGUGCUUCUGUUUGACCUUUACUGAAAUGCAGAUAUAAGUCCCCAUGCUUCCAGCGCCUGGGGGUGAAAGAAUAAAACAGAUUGCAUCAUGAGCCGACAAACCGAGUCCUCGUAAAACCCAAACAAGAAAUCUGAGGAGACGCGAGGAAAUGAGCACGGCACUUCACCCAAAACUAAAUGUGCUUUUAUUUUGGUACCUUUUCUGCAUUUAGGUACAGUAAUUCUCAUAGUCAAAAUUAUAUUUUUGUUUCCCAGCCACUAGUUUGUUUGUUUCUAGGCUUUUUGCAACUUAAGUUUAACGCUGUCAUAUUUCUAUAGACCAUCCAGAACAGCAGACUCUCUCAAUAAACCUUUGAACCAUGAAA